GAGAUGCAGAGGAUAACGGCGGCCGUGACGACGCAGGCGGUGCAACAAGUCACGAGCCACACAUCUCAUGCCACCACCGCGCCGACCACGACAGUAGGAGGCCAAGAUGAGGACGUGUCCAGUUAUGGAGAUGGAGGAGGUGGAAGAGAUCGGGCGAUGGAGAGGAUGGCAGAGCAGUUGCGCCAGUUGCAGGACAAGGUGGAAAGAAGGUCGGAAAGGAGGGCUCGAGGACAUCCGUUCUCGAGGGAGAUUCUCGCAACCCCCUACCAAAUAAUUUCCAGGAGACUAAUGUAUGGUGGGUCAUCUGACCCGUCAAGGCAUGUGAGGACCUUUGAGAACAUGGCUGUAUUGCAUGGGUAUUCUGAUUCUGUAUGUUGCAGGGCAUUUCUAUCGACCUUGCGUGGGGGAGCACUUGACUGGUUUCAUCAAUUACCCCCGGGGUCGAUCGCAGACUUUGAGGAUUUUGCGAGCAAGCUUACCAACCAGUAUUCGAGCACGGUGGCACAGGAGAAGACAUACUUGACGCUGAUGGCGAUGAGGCAGGAAGAGAAGGAGUCGUUGAGGAAGUAUGUUGCUCGAUAUAAUCGAACAUGUUUGGAGGUGCCCUCCGCAUCGGAUGAG